UUUGACGGGAUUGACGCGCUAGUCUCCUAAGGGUCCAACAGUCUUACGGUCACCAGUAUGCCCAAACAUCCACAGUGGUUCAAGACGAUCUCCACACGAACCGUCACGAACGCCACGCCCGCCGUCCACAUCGUUCCCCGUGAGCAAGUAAAUCAUCAAUCGCAAAUCCACAGAAGGAUGCCUCGUGGUCGUGAUGAAUGCUGGCAGGAAGUCGAUCGCGAGCUGGCCGAGGAGUCCGGCAAGCGACAUCCACGCGUGACGUGUCGCCACUGCGGGACUUCGUGGACUUCGAAUGAAAAAGGACGCGUCGUCGAGCAUCUGCAGCGCUGCACAGAGCUGCCAGAGUCAUUAUGGCGCACAUAUCAACCUCAUCGUCUAGAUCCCAGCUUGCCAACCGCGCAAGAACUGCAGGCGCAGCAGCGAGCGCGGACUCGAGUUGGUCAUGGAGCCAUGACCGCGACCGACCAAGACAAUGCGACUGCAGCUUGUGCCCAGUGGAUCAAUGCGGCUGGCUUGAACAUGAGCAUCACCGAACAUCCCGCUUUUCGCGCAUUUAUGAACACACUGCGACCAGCCUACAAAGUCCCAGAUCGGCAUCAAUUGAACCGCGCGCUUGUUGAUGCGCCAUUGAUGAUGAUUGCCUAUUUAGCAGAUCCGCAGGAACGACAAAGACGUCCGGCCAUUCUCGACAGCAACGAGGAAUCACAAUCGCGCUCUCUCCAAACUUUUCUACUGAAAUACUGUGAUAACCAAGCUCAAGAUGCAGCCCGGCUACUCGGAAUGCUGUCUCUCCUGCGCAUCAAGCAAGGGCCAUUCAACAAUGAUAUGAAUCGCUGA